AGUGUCUUUCGGAGCAGUAAGUAUAAGUAUAUAUAGCUAUAUCGAAUCGGCGUUGGAGUCGCCGACUGCCUGCCGUCUGCAUAUAAUAUAUAUAUAGUUACGUCAACAUUCCAUGUUAACUUGGCACUUGACAACAUGACUUAUAAUAUAUAAGUAAUAAGUACCGAAUUAGCAGUAUUAUUCAUUACUAAUGAUUGCUCGUAAAAAGUCGAUGUUAAACUUUUAAAGUUCGCAUCGUCUGGAGACGAAAAACUAUAACUUAUACAUAUAAAGGAAAACAAAGUCGCGCGUUUCGUCAAACUGGCUGAUCGAUAUUGCGAACGCAAAAAACUUGCUAACCUGCUAAUACUUAUAAUGAUUGUGUUUGUUAUGAAGUAGAUUUUAAAAGGGUUCUUCUCAAUUUUGUUUAAACUCUAUAAUGGUCUUAAUAAUGUAAAUUAUAUCGCUUACCAACAUGUUGAGAAUACAAAGACAUUCCUACAAGUAUUAUUUAAUGAAACUAUUAUGUUCAUUGAUAGCAGUUUCAUUCUUCUGUGAAUAUCUGAUAUACUAUGUUGUCAUAGUACAGUGUCGAUGGCCAAUUUUGGAUCCAAGUAAAGCUGAUCCAAAGAUACCUGCUGCCACAUCUGAAGAAAAACCUGUUCAUGCAAUGUUUUUAGCAGAUACACAUUUAUUAGGCUCAAAAAACGGACAUUGGUUUGACAAGCUUCGAAGGGAAUGGCAAAUGUAUCGAACGUUUCAAACUGUGAUGGCAAUUCAUAGGCCAGAUGUUGUAUUUAUAUUAGGAGAUGUUUUCGAUGAGGGCCAAUGGUGCAGUUCAGAUGAAUUUGAAGGCUACAUAUCAAGAUUCCAAUCUAUGUUUUCUGUGCCAAAAAAUACUCAUCUGUAUGUAGUAUCUGGAAACCAUGACAUUGGUUUUCAUUAUGUGAUCACACCAUAUCUAAAUCAAAGAUUUACAACUGGCAUGAAUGCCCCAAGUGUCAGGAGAAUUAGUAUAAGAGGCAAUCAUUUUGUUUUAGUAAAUAGUAUGGCUUUAGAAGGGGAUGGAUGUUUUUUAUGUAGACCUACAGAAGUUGCUGUAAAUAAGAUUAGUAAACAUUUGAAAUGUGCCAAGGGUAUUGGUAGUGAUUGCAAUAAGAAUAAUGCAAUUAAAAGAUAUAGUAGACCAAUUUUAUUACAACAUUUUCCUUUAUACAGAGAAUCUGAUGAAAUUUGUGAUGAAUUGGAUGAAGCUCCAGCAGAAAUUAAAGAUAUCAAAUUUCGUGAAAGAUGGGAAUGCUUAUCAAGAGAAGCAACAGAACAACUCUUAGAUAUUUUACACCCUCGACUUGUAGUUGAUGGACAUACGCAUCAUGGUUGUAGAAAAAUUCAUAGGGAAGAUAUUUUGGAAGUUACUGUCCCUUCAUUUAGUUGGCGAAAUAAAGACAACCCAUCAUUCUUAUUGGGCAUAUUUACACCUAAUAACUAUGCUAUAUCAAAAUGCUAUAUGCCUGUUGAGUCUACAGUCAUAAGUAUAUAUAUAAUCAGCGGAAUUUGCAUAUUUGCAUACUUGUUUUAUAAACUUCGACAAAAAAUAACUCCUCACAACUUUAUGAAGCUUCAUUAGAUCACUGUAUAUAGCUUUUUUAUCUGUAAAUAAUUUUUAAUAUUUUGAUUCAUAUUAUAAUUUCAAGACCUUUCUAUAUAAACUCACAAGAAAAUUUGAGUUAUUGAAAUAAGAGAUUUUAUAAUUCUUUUAAUCAUUUCCAUGUGCGUACGAUUUUUAUGGUAUAUAUUUAAGUCUCGUUGGUAACAACUAUGAUAUGUCGAAUGGUGUUUAUACAAUAUAAUUAUUUAUUAUUUUACUCCAUACAUAAAAGUCUCAUUUAAAUCGUUGAAAAAAAUUUGAAUUAUUAUCGGAAUAAGAAUUUUUUCAAAUUUGCUACUUGAUGAUAACGGAUGAUAAAAAAUAAAAACCGUUAAAGCAUGAUUUCUAUGCAUCUAGUCUUUUCUACAAUGACCAGUUAUUCAGAAUAGAACUGUAUGCAUGACUAAACAGAAAAGCUAUACAAUAUUUUAAAUCAAAAGAAUGUCAAAGCAUUUUAGUUAGAAAUAAUGUAUAAUAAUUUUAUUUAUAAAUAUGUAUAUACUGAUAAUUGUAAGAAAUGAUACAACUUGAAAUCUACAAAAUAUCCUAUAUAACGACGAUUCAUAUUUACACGCGCACUUUGCAAUCAUGAUAUUAAAAUGAGCUCAUUGUACAAUCGAGUCGACUGUGAUCUGUACACACAAGAUUCGGAAAAUUUACAUUUGUAACAUUCAAAAGCAAUAUAACUACUUAAGGAUCAGUACACUUGAAGAUCUUAAUAAGUGAUUGUUACGAUUAAAAAAUAUAUAACGUGAGGGCUUAAAGUAGUUAAUCAAUUAAUUAAUUUAAAUUUACAAGACCUCAAAGUUACUGACCCCUUUUAAUUCAUGUGUGUAGUAAUAUCUGCCGUAAUAGUUGCAAAAAUGUAAUUUAGUAUUACAUUUUUUCUUCCAGAAAUAUAAGAAAAAGUGUAAUGCAAUAAAUUACACAGGUUCGACAGUUUUUGGCAGAAUGAAUAUCACUGGCUAUUACCGUUGUUAGUUUGACUAGUCUAUUUUAACGGCUGCAUAGAUUUUUCUGAUGAAUGCGUAUGCUGCAAAGAAGCCAAUGGUUCCAGUCAACAGCCAGAAUGUUAGCACCAUUAAUGCGGUAUAACCAAAGUACAUAAGAGUUGGAACGAGUUCGGUUAUUUCUAGCUUUGACAUGAAGUAAAAGAUAGAAUAAGCUAGAACGUAUAAUGCUGAACCUCCACUAACGAUGAAACUUCGCCACCACCAUCUGUAGUCCUUAAUUGGAAAAAAAUAGCAAUAAUUUAAUAAAUUAUUUAGUGAUUUGGAUUAUAAACGAA